AUGUUUCGUAAUGUUACUGGCGCACAAGAAGCUGCUGUACAUAGACAAUCACUCGAUAGUUUACCGAAUGGUAGUAAGCCGAUUCGAUUAAUCAAGGAUAUUCAGUCAGAUGAUAUUGCGGAAGCCUAUUCGGAUCUGAAGAAUAAAUGGUCCAAUCAGCGCGAACAGUUAAUUGAAAACUUAGGACAACUAGAGAAACAUAGUAAACAAUUUCCUCAAGAUAUUCAACACGUGAAAAAUCUCAUCGAAUGUCUCAAUGAACUGAUCAACAAUGGCGAAAUCGAUAAAAAUUGCCAUGGACUAUUAAAUGAUACAAAUGAAAGUAUCCAACCAGCACCUGAAACCUACGCUCUACCUCGAAAAUCAUUAGGUAAUAGAUCUAUACGAUUAGCACGACAUUCUUCGAAAACGAUACCUGACGAUGAAAGUUGUUCGUCGGAAAAAAUAUCAUCAAGAACAACUUUAACACAGCAGACUGACCGCCGACGAAAUCCCGAUCGACAACAACGAACCAAAAAGGUCGACUACGAUGACUUGUCAAGAUUAGAUCGAUCUACUGGAAAUAUGACAGCUGGUAUCAAGUUCUAUGCUGUUGCUGAGCAUUUUCGUAAUGAUCAGUCUGAUUCGAAAAGAAGCAGUGACAGAAAGCAUUAUUUUGCGUCAUCCGUAAUAGAGUGA